UGCAAUGGCAUACGCCACAAUAACAUUUCGGACCAGUAAGCACGGUGCUUGCUUACAAUGAAACACAGGUGAAGGCUGGCAGUGGAACUCUAGCCUGUGGUGCCUGCCAUUUAGACCGAGAGAUGGGUAGAUGACGACCAAGAGCAAUGGAGUCGAGGGCCCGUUGAUACCAUGAAUGACAGGUAUCACAAGGCGGCCCGGGAUGGCUACCUGGACCUGCUGAAAGAGGCUACGCGGAAGGACUUGAACGCGCCCGAUGAAGAUGGCAUGACACCGACGUUAUGGGCCGCUUAUCAUGGCAACUUGGAGGCUCUGCGACUUAUUGUGGGCAGAGGAGGCAACCCUGAUAAGUGUGACAUAUGGGGGAACACACCUCUUCACCUGGCGGCUGCCAACGGCCACCACAACUGCCUGUCCUUCCUGGUGUCCUUCGGUGCCAACGUGUGGUGCCUAGACAACGACUACCACACGCCCCUCGACAUGGCCGCCACCAAGAGCCACAUGGACUGUGUCCGCUACCUGGACUCCAUCGCUGCCAAGCAGUCGGCCCUCAACCCCAAGCUGGUGGGCAAGCUGAAGGAGCGGGCUUUCCGCGAGGCCGAGAAGAGGAUUAAGGAGUGCGUGAAGCUGCAGCGGAAGCACCACAAGCGCAUGGAGCGCGAGUUCCACAAAGAGGCGGCGUCGGAGCAGUCUGUGUCGGACGCCAUGAGCUUCUCCAGCUACACAAGCAGCUCAGUGAGCCGCAAGCUGCACCACCUGAACACCGCCACUGUCAGUGUGCCAUACUCUCAGGCUACUCUUCACGCCACAACCCGAGGCAAGACCAAGAUCCAGAAGAGGCUGGAGAAGAGGAAGCAGGGGGGCGGGACCUUCAAGAUCUACGAGGACGGUAGGAAGAGCGUGCGCUCCCUUUCUGGCCUCCAGCUGGGCAACGAUGUCAUAUUCCUUAAACAGGGAACCUACGUCGGCCCUCGGGACCGCACAGGGCGCCGCGGCAACCUCCGAGACAUAUUCCACGGAGACGCCAACGACGACGCCAUCUCUCGUGCCAUCAGCGAGCCGGACUUGUCUUACCGGCCCGACGUGGAAUACUCUGAGGUCAGCACCGACUCAGGCCACGACUCCCUCUUCAACCGGCCCGGUCUGGGAACCAUGGUGUUCCGACGCAACUACAUCAGCGGCGGCCUGUUCGGCAUCGGCGGGCGCGACGAGGGGAGCCUCAGUGGAGCAACCGAACGGGCUGGCAGCGCCAACGUGCGGCUGCACAGCCGGCUGCACAGCCGGCUGCGGCGUUCGCCUAGCCUGGAUGAUGGGGGGGACAGCAUCGGCAGUGCCCGCAGCCUCCAGGAAAGGAACCGCCAGGAGCUUCCUUGGGACGAGGUGGAGCUGGGGCUGGAUGAUGACUGCGAGGCCGUGACUAGCCCAUUGGAGGUGUUCCUGGCCGCGCAGACCAUGGGCGAGUUCCUCACCGUUUUUAGGCGUGAGAAGAUUGACCUGGAGGCGCUGCUGCUGUGCUCGGACCAGGACCUUAAGAGCAUCCACAUCCCCCUAGGGCCCAGGAAGAAAAUCCUGGACGCCUGCAAGAGACGCCUGGAGACCCUUGAGGACCCUGACUGCAUCGAGGACACCCCGCUGUGAAUGGUGACUGAUGCUUUUGGAUCUGAAGAUGCUGUGUAGGUACUGUAUACCUCCACUACUGUGAUGUUCACCUACAGAGUAAACCUAACCUACAGAGUAAACCUAACCUACAGAGCAAACCUAACCUACAGAGUAAACCUAACCUACAGAGCAAACCUAACCUACAGAGUAAACCUAAUCUACAGAGCAAACCUAACCUACAGAGUAAACCUAACCUACAGAGUAAACCUAACCUACAGAGCAAACCUAACCUACAGAGUAAACCUAACCUACAGAGCAAACCUAACCUACAGAGUAAACCUAACCUACAGAUUAAUCCUAACCUACAGAUGAAUCUUAACCUACAGAGUAAAUCUAACCUACAGAGUACAUCUGAGUGUGUAGAGGAGAACAGGGCCAACUGUAACAGUUUGGGGAUUUUUCACUGGGACAUGUUAAUAUUGUCGGCACUCUCCCCUACACAUAGUUAUGAAGGUAGGCGUCUAGUUUUUUCUUUGGUUGAUGAUAAUAGUAACAAUCCGGUAUAUAAUUAAUUCCUGUCUGUCUCUGCAAAUAUGGCAUUGCCAUUCUUCUGGAGACCACUAGGUGGACACACUGUAUAGGUCAAGCAGAAUGCUCUUCCAACCUUAAAGGUGGAGCAUUGAUGCUUAGUCUUGUCAGGACUAAUGUCUCGUGGGUGUUUGUUGUAGUAUAUGCAAUAUUCAGAGACUUUACAGCUACAACAUAAAUAGCGGUUUGUUGUAGUGUAUGCAAUAUUCCGAGACAGUCUGACUCUAUACGAUUAUGUAAGGACAUUCAGAGAAAUGUUCUAAUUUCAUACCCUGGGUCACCCUGUGACUAGUUAGGCAGAAAGGAGGACAUUGUCAAGACAAAAAUCUCAAGUAAAAUACAGAAACCUGAGCUUUCUUUGGACUUUAUAAAUGAAGGAGAAGAGCUGAAGAAAUCUGAAUGGUAUUUUGGAUCAUUGCAGCAUCAUUCGAGUGAGUUCUAGAAGUCCACUGCACUGCAUUGUUGACCGUUUUAAUGAACUAAAUGACACUGUUGACCGUUUUAUUGAACUAAAAUACACUGUUGACCGUUUUAAUUAACAAAAAUACACUGUUGACCGUUUUAAUGAACUAAAUGACACUGUUGACCGUUUUAUUGAACUAAAAUACACUGUUGACCGUUUUAAUGAACUAAAAUACACUGUUGACCGUUUUAAUGAACUAAACGACACUGUUGACCGUUUUAAUAUACUAAAAGACACUGUUGACCGUUUUAAUGAACUAAACGACACUGUUGACCUUUUAAUAUACUAAAAGACACUGUUCUCAGAACAGAGGACCGUGUUGCUUCCGUGAAGGACAGAGAGCUAUGGCAUGCCAUCUUUUGGAGCAUUGCGCCACCAUACGCAGUCAGCAAAAGACUGCCUGGAUCUGUAUCUACAGAACACAUUGUUGAUGUGCAACAGUGUUCUUGUAUCUACAGAACACAGUGUUGAUGUGCAGCAGUGUUCUUGUAUCUACAGAACACAGUGUUGAUGUGCAGCAGUGUUCUUGUAUCUACAGAACACAGUGUUGAUGUGCAGCAGUGUUCUUGUAUCUACAGAACACAGUGCUGAUGUGCAUCAGUGUUCUUGUAUGCCAUGUGGCACAGUGUACAGAGAGAGGAACAAGGAGGUGUGGCCUGCCCCCCUCCAACACCUCUCUGUCUGAGCCCAAUACAUUGGCCCCUGUGGGGCUUGUUAGGUACCAUACCACCAUCCCCUGAGCCUGUGCUCCUGGUGCCAGUGCAUUUGUUAAGGACAUGAUUUUUACAUACAUGAGCAUAUGGUUAAUUGUUUGUAUUUGUUUAUUAAUCCAUUAGACGUAGGCUGGGAUUCAAUACAAGGCACUUUUUAGCGCAGUGCACCAUAACAGGUUUUUAAAGGUAAUUUACUCUUUAGCCGGCAUGCGCAGCUUUUACAAUGAAUGCGAUCUCCGUGAACAUCUGGGAAAAUGCCUUUAAAAAGCACAUUGUCAGCUGUAUAGUGCGUGCUAUAACGCGCCUUGCACGGAAUCCUGGCCAAAGUCUCAAAUCCAUAGUUUUGUAUAGAUACUUCCAUUGUUGACAUUGAUGGUGAUAAUGUAGCGAAUUUGUAGGGUGAGUCACAGUCAGUCUGCCUCUCCAAUUCGCUACAAUAUUAUAAUUAUCUGUGCAUUACCAGUUCUAUGCUAUUAAGGCAUUUGUUUUACCUGUUGAUUGGUUUGGCCCAGGUCAUUCAGCUUGCUAUGCAUUGUUCCAUUUUGUACCAGUACAUUUGUUUACACACAGUAUGCCAGGUCAAACCACUUUCAGUUUGGUUCACUGAUAAAGGAGGCCAAUUGCUUUUUUUCAUUGACGGUUGACGCUAUGAGAGAAUGGUAGAAUAAACUUGUAUUGAGUGGAUUAUUUAAUGUUUCGAUGGGUAAAACUCACACAUAAUUAAAUCCAUUGUCAUAGAUAUUUUGAUGAGGAUUUUAUGAUACAGUAUGUAGAUGUCCAGAGUAUAGGCCUACCCCCCAUGAGGUUUUGAAUUACAAUGUUGUCAUAUCAUGUUGAUCACAUCAUUAAGGAUGUUACACUACACUAUGGAAGUUUAGUUACUAAUUGUUUACGUCAAAUUUUGGCUUGAAGGUUGGCUGUAUGCUUAUACAUGUUUGGUAUGAUGCUAAAGUAACUAUCCAGUGAAAUCUCACUUUUAAAAGUUUGUAUUCUGUUAACUCAUACCCAGAUAAUGUUGUUGAAUCAUCCUAUUCUCGUAUUUGUGGCUAAAGCAUAAAUUGGAGAAAAAGAAAAACACUUGAAAAACGCCACCUCAAACUUGUAUCUCAAACAGACAGUUUAAA